AUAACAUAUUUGACAGCAAGUGACGUAACAAUCGAUAUCUGUAAUGUCAAUAUUUUUUCAUAAAAUAAUCGAUAUUUGAAUAACGAGUAUAAUAUUAAAAUUAAGUUGAUAUUUUUUAACUUUUUGUAUUAUAGUCUACUUGGAAAGUAGUUUAUAAUUUUAUUGGCUAAGAUUUUCACGCAAUGUUGCUAACUUUUUAUACUUUUAUACAUGUGCUGAAUAUGUAACCAUGUAAUUUGUUUUCUUUCUUCCUAAAAAACGUUUAAAAAUCUACAUUUUGAAAUUUGAUCGAAAAUAUAAUUACGUAAAAAAGAAGACUGUUGGUUAGUGGUCGUUAUUUACAAAUUUUUGAAUAAAAGGAUAAUCAAUAACAAAACUUAAAAAUGUCAAAUAAUAAAAAACAAAAAGAUUGUGGAUAUUACCAAUUAUCUAUAUUCACAACGUUUAGGGAAGAAAAGCAACUUAAAUCAAUCACAAGAAGCAUGAAAAGAAAAAUGAAUCCAAAAUUAAGAAUAUAUGUAAUCUUGAGAUAUAUUUCUAAAGCAUAUAGGAAAGUUAUGGCUGCAGCUAGCUUUUAUAUGAAUAAAAGAAUUUUAGAAAUUCUGGAUAUGAUCUUACCUCAAGAAUAUUUCGGAUCUUCGCAAAAUAGGAAACGUUUCUAUUUUAUCGUUAAUAAGAUAAUGACACAAUCUCGAGGAGAAUGUAUUUUUAAACAUAACUUAUAUGAUGGUUUUGAUUUAGAAUGUAUAAAUUGGCUACCAGAAGCAACAGACGUUACUAAACGACAGAAGCGGUAUUUAAGCCAGACAAAUUGGUACAUUUUAGAACAAAUUGUGAAGCCAUUAAUAAGAAAUUUUUACUUUUGUUUAAAAUCAAUAAAAAGCUACGAAAUUCAAUUUAUACCAUUCAAGAAAUGGAACAAGUUUCAGGCAAACAUAUUCAAAUCGCUCAUUAUUAAUAAACAUUUAAUACACGGCAAAUUUUCUAAUCCAAGAGGGAGUUUGCAGUUGUUUCCAAGAGGCGAUUUAAACCAAAUGAAAUACCGCCCCAUUGUACGUGCCAACAAAUUGAACCAAAUCCAAAAAAUAAGAAUCACUAAGAUAUUGAGAAAAAUUCAGCAGCUUGCUCUGUCUUUUAGUAAAUCAUCUUCACAAAAGGAACUUACUUUUUGGAAAAAGUGUACGGAACAAUUAAAAUCUAAAACAUUGUACGGGAUCACAGUCGAUAUAGAAGACGCUUACGGUAAUGUCAAUAUCAAUAAACUAUGUCAAGCAAUCAUCGAAACUAAAUUCGAACAAGAAGAAAAAUCUUUUCUAAUCAACCACAUACAAAAUCAACAUGUAACUUUUUACAAAAAAAUAUUCAAAUGGUCUCACGGUCUCCUACAAGGAGACCAUCUGUCUCCUUGUCUGUGCAAUCUGUAUCUAAGCAUUUUAGAACAUCAACAUUUAUCCAAUUUUAUCGAAACCAAUUACAGAUUACACCGUGUGGUUGAUGAUUAUUUAUUUUGCACGACCGAUAUCUCGGAAAUCGAGUUGUUUAAACGUACUUUCCAACAACUUUUUCCUAUAAACGAAUCCAAAAUUCAAACAGCGAACGUAGACGACUGUCCCUUAUUGAUUUAUUGCGGGAAGGAAAUUAACUUUGCUACUAAGCAAAUCAGUAAACAUUUUGAUGCCGAAGAAACUUGUUUGAGACAUAAAUUUAAACUUUGGAACGACAAAGUACCAAAGACUAAAGCUGAAAUAAUAACCGCCGCCGUGAGCUUCCGCAGAACUUAUCAUUAUUUCAAACAUUUUCAAUUGAGCGAUCUUCGAGAUACUGCAGCAAUUUUGACUCAAUAUUUCAAAGGAAUGGUAUACGUCGCGUUUAAAUUUGAUAUGACUGUCCGAUCAGUGGCGGAUUUUAGACAGAAAUCGUCGGAUAUGCCGUUUUUAUUACGUCUUAUAAAAGAUACUAUUACCACGCAUGCCAAAAAGGUGUACCACUAUUUACGUAAUGAAUUUGAUUUCAAGUUACUACGGACAAUUGCCAAGAAAGCUUUCAUCGUAGUUUUAAAAAAGAAUUCGUGUUUUUAUAAAGAUAUUAUUAGCUCUUUAUGUUUGAACAAACCAGUAUAUAUACACUUGAAAAAUGCAGACAAAAAUUUGGUCAAAUACUUUACAAAAAUUCCUAUAGAAUUUCAAAAAUUAGAAAUGAAAAGGACCUCUAAAAUCUAAAACAGUAUCACCUCAUAUUAAAAUUCGAAGUUUAAGCGGAGCCCAGAGAAGUUGAACCUCGUCUGUCUCCUCAAUGAAAGUUAGAUACAUUGAUUGAUAUUCUCGCCCAUCAAAUCGGUACACCCCAUACCUUUAUUAUAUUCGCCGAUUGCAUAGUAUCCAUCGAUAUGUAUGAUUUUUUUCUUCAGCUUUUGAGUAUCGUUUAUUAUCGAGGUGGGAUGGGUACCAAAACAGGUGCUCGCUAUGGAAACUACGUUCUUGUUUAGCUAUUUAAGAAACUCCCUUUAGUUCGCUCUAGCGUAGAUUCGUGCGCUCCUCUUUUAUAUUGUUUACUCACGAUCUUUUUGUUGGUCAAGGGACAGUCCUUUGGGAUAGUACCGUUUCCUGUAAAACCAAUCACCGUAAGUUAGACGACUCACAGAUUGAAGCUUGUAAAAAAGUUAUUAAAUAUGAAGUUCUAUGGCAAGUGUUCCUCCUUUGCUCUUUCUACUAACAUGGAAAACAAUUUCUGUACAAUUUCCAAAAAAUUGUUCGUCUUGAGAACAGCAAUUUUUAUUUGUAUCCUGGUACAUAUCACAGCUAACAAGAUACCCAGAUGCAGUAUUGAUGCACCACAUUUUAAAACCAAACCUUAUCGGUUUUCCACGGAUGCAUUUCUUACUUGGAUGACGGCCAAAAUAUUUGAUCAUUGAUUCAUCAUAGUUUAGGUUUUGCUCGCGGAUAUUUUUUUUUUAAUAAACUUUUGAUUCAUCAUAUUGCUUAUCGUUUUGCGUUAUUAUUCACACAGUGUAUAAACUGUAAUAUUGUACAAAAUCGGUUUUUUUCUCAUAGCAUUUGAGACCAUCUUAUUGUGCGUAUCACCUUGGGUGUCCUAAUAACUGUUUGUAUGUGACAUCAAGACAUAUAUUUUUAUAAAACAUACACUUAGAAAAAAUACUCCUUAAUGCGCAAUAGAUAGAUAGGGCUUUUCUAAAGAAAUGUCCUGAUGAAAACUAGAUACAGAUGAGAGUGCAGAGUAUGUAUUUCUAAAAACAUAUUAUAUCCCAAAGCUUUGUAUGAAAUUUUAAGCUCAUUGAUUAAGUCUUUGUAAUUUUCCGCUCUAUAGUUUUCUUGGAAAUUUUGGUUACAAAACAUUUCCAGAUCAUUUAGCUUAUACUCAUACAAAAUGUGUCAUCAGGCCGAGCAUUAUAUGCAACGGUGGUGAAAGUAUGUUGUCAAGGAUUAUUUUCAACUUUCUUCUACCCUGAAGUAAGUGACUUGGGCCAUACUUUUGUGUGUAGUGACUUUUUCUCUCUCUGCUGUCCCAUUCGCAAAUGAAACAGCUUUAUUUUGUGUAAACAAGCUGUAGCCCGACCAAAAGAGCAAUGACUUCAAAAUAUCCACAAAUUUUCCAAACAUGUUCACUGUAUUAAAUUUUUUCAAGAAGGAACUUCAUGUUCUCGUAAGUCUCUUUCAUAUUACGAGUAGAACCAUGGGCAACCGCCACUGAAGGACAUUUGUUUUCGUUGUAAAGCAACACUGCUUUCAAGCUAGUUUUUGAGGAGUUGAUGAACAAUCGCCAAUGACUUGGAUCAUAUUCAAAAUUCAAUAAAUUGAUCACUAUAGGAAUAUGAUUACAAGAAAAAUCAUCUUCUUUUGAAAAGUAAGGUUCCAUUUCAUCAUUACGAUGACGGAAACGGAAAGAAUUUUCGUACCAGGAGAAAGUAAAUUCCAGUUGUUUAAUCUAGACCCUAAAAGCUCAGCUCCUUUUUUAGACAAAAUCAAUUCACGUACUAAUUCAUUUAAUUCACUUUGUAUCAAUAAAUGCGGUUGUUUUGAAGUGGACGGUUCAUAAAAUGGGUCACUCUUUUGAGAUACCUUUUCGAGUUGACUUAGAACAAAUUCCGGACUAGAAACAGAAUUCUGACUUGAUUUGGAGCACAUGCAAAUUGGUACUAUGUAGGAUUAGUCUGCUGGCCGAUGAUAAGUUUGGGUACUUGACGACAAUUUUGGGUAUUUGACAGUGGGUUUGGACUUGGUUGUGUUUGAAUCAAACAAAAAUACUGAUAUGAUCUUUUGGUCCAAAUCAUUAGUACCACAAAAGUUAAAUGUCUAGAUUCUUGUUUAGCACAACUUAAUAGGAGUCUCACACACCGGUUUUUUAAAAAGUGCAUAAUCUCCUGUCUAUGUCAUCUCCAUCGCAAAAUAGCUCAAAUUACUCUACAGGAGAAAAUAUUAUAAUAUUGGUUGUAGUCUGGAUCAGGAAAGGAUUUAGAAGCAUGUUGAAGGUCGCCAACAGUCCAACAGUAAUUUCCUUUCUACAGUAUUUGAAGCUAAAAAUACAUGGUCUGUCUUCAGUGCAGUUUUUGAAGAUUUCUGUUUGAUCCGCUUCUGUAAUGUAUGGUUUUUCUUUAGUAUUGAUAUCGUUGGUCAUAUCUUCUUCAGUAAGACCAAUUCUGCGCCAGAUGCUAAUUGGCGGCCUACAAAUGUUACAAUCAUUGUAAUCUUCAUCUCCCGAUUCUUCAUCAGUAAGAAAACUGGUUUCGGGGGGUACAAUAUAUAUUCAGUCUACUGGUAAAUCAUUGGAAUAUGCAAUUUGAAGAGCUAAGAAAAGUCGCAUUGCCUAGAGUUGCCGUCUGACUACACAUCGAAAUAAACAUGUGCAGGUGUUAAUCAAAUCGGUAUUAUCAAUAAAUUAUAGAAAUAUA